GCAGGAGCCUGAAGAACAACCGCACCCGCAUCCACCGCAACCUGUUCGUGGCGAUGGUGAUCCAGGUGAUGAUCCGCCUCGUCCUCUACAUCGACCAGGCCAUCACGCGAGGCAACAUCUCCGGCAACGAGAACACCAACACCAACUCCUCGUGGCAGGGAAUCGACAACACGCCGGUGCUUUGUGAGGCCUCCUAUGUCCUUCUGGAAUACGCCCGCACAGCCAUGUUCAUGUGGAUGUUCAUAGAGGGCCUCUACCUGCACAAUAAAAUCACAGUGACGGUGUUCCAGCACAGGUUCUACUACAGUGUGUACCACGCCGUGGGCUGGGGCGUCCCCAUCCUCAUGACGGCAGCGUGGGCGGGCGUCACAGCUACACACUUCGGGAACUCUCGAUGUUGGUGGGGUUAUAACUUCACUGCGUAUUUUUGGAUCCUGGAAGGCCCGAGACUGUCCGUCAUAUCGCUGAAUAUGAUAUUCCUUCUAAACAUCAUCCGGGUAUUAGUAACAAAAUUACGACAGAGUAAUUCAAGUGAAGCUCUUCAAGUUCGGAAAGCUGUGAAGGCCGCCAUUGUGCUCCUCCCCCUCUUGGGCAUCACCAACGUGCUCAACAUGAUCGCGACGCCCCUCAGCCGCUCCGUCGUGGAGUUCGGCCUCUGGUCCUACGCCACCCACUUCCUUACCUCGUUCCAAGGGUUCUUCAUAGCGCUUCUCUACUGCUUCCUCAACGGCGAGGUCAGAGCGGCGGUGCGGAAGUACGUGGACAACUACCUCCUCCAUCGGUCGGCUGGGGUCCGGCGAGGCUCAGGAUUGUCUUCCGUGUUUCUUACGACCGUCACCGACCUCCCGCGGGACUCGCACGGGAGGACGAGGAACUUGUGUUCGUGUCUCAGCGGAAACCAGUCCCCGACGCACGGGUCGUACUUAUGACAGUUGCGACGACUCCCUGGAUGUCCCAGGAAGGGGCCCAGGGGGUCAGUGGGCUACCAGCGGCGUCGCAAGCGGGCCCACGAUCGCUCCGGCUUCAGCACCGGGAGACGCGAAGGGCCGGGCACGACCCACACCACGC